UUCAUUGUUUUUGUCAAGCAAGUUGUGCUUGUUCUGCUGUGUUUGGUGCUGUGGUUUUGAUAAAUUUGUUGCUGUGCACGAACGUGUUUACCCAGUUUCUAAUUAAAUAUUCAUAAAUAAACGACACGAUUAUAAAUGAUAUCACUUUGCUGAAAUGGGGUGUGCACACAGCGAAAUAUCUCCGCAAAAUGAAGCGCCCAAAAAAGGAUGCACGGAUGUGCUUUGGCUGAUAAUUUAUAUUCUCUUUUGGAUUUUAAUGAUAAUAGUGGCAGCUGUAUCAUUUGUUUAUGGAAACCCUCAAAGGUUGAUAAAUGGAUAUGACUCUUUUGGCAAUACAUGUGGAGUCAAGACAAAUAAGAAACUCAUCAAUUUCCCACUGGCGGGAAUAAGCACGAUUGACAAGAACUAUUUGUUUUUUAUGGAUAUAAAAGAAUUACGAAGAUCUCUGAAGAUAUGUGUAAAGCAAUGCCCUGAUAAGAAACUGGAAUCACUGAAUGACAUUCAACAGUUUUAUAGAGACACUGGAUCCAACCUUUGCAGAUAUGAUAUCAAUUUAAAUAAUGUAACAAGUUCAAAAGAUCUUCACAAGUUCAUUGGUCCAUGCCCCUCUUUACCAGUUUAUAAGUCCUUUCCCCUGCUUAACCGAUGUUUUCCAAAGUCGGCACAGGAAUUGGCAGACAGAGUAUUCAAAGAUUUUUCUGAAUUGCUGAACAGCUGGGACAGUGUAGAACAGAUGUUAUCAGAUCUCUACUCUUCUUGGAAGGAAAUGAUAAUAUGUGUAAUAAUAGCUUUCAUAUGUUCCCUGAUUAUGGUGUCAAUACUUCAUUUACUUGCGACAUUUGUGUCUUGGAUAUUCAUGAUCGUAGUAUCCAUAGUAAGCGUAGCUGGCACAGCACUCUUAUGGGUGACUUACAUCGAGUUGAAAAACAAACAACUUGACUUUUCUGAAACCCAUUACUUGGCGGAAGCAUUCAAAAAUGAAAAGGCGUUCAUGUGGUAUUCUAUUAUUGCUACCAUAAUAACUCUGAUCCUCCUGGUCCUGGUGUUCGUGAUGCGUUCGCGCGUGUCCUUCCUGGCGGCGCUGUUCCGAGAGACGGCGCACUGCCUGGGCGCCAUCCCGGCGCUGUUCCUGCAGCCGAUCAUCACGUUCGUGUUCUUAGUGCUGUUCUUCGCGUUUUGGUCGUUGGUCGUGGUGUGCUUGGCAACAGCAAAUUACCCAGGAAUACCUUACAAAACCAACUUUUUCAUCAAUGGAACACCUAUGGCUGAUCACGUUGAUAAUGCAGCUAUUCAAUCUCAGAAUAUCAACAAGAGCGCUAGUUUGAAAACUUUCACUUUGGAUUCAGUUGAGUUUGACCCAAUGUGGGUGAAAAGUAUGUGGUGGAUUUGCUUCAUCUGUCUAAUAUGGGGAAGCGAGUUUAUUCUGGGUUGUCAACAGAUGACCAUAGCGGGCGCCGUUUCACAUUGGUAUUUUAGAGGUCCCAAUGCUCACUCCCCGGUGCUGUAUUCCAUUGGCAAACUCAUCAAAUACCACUUGGGCUCUGUCGCUAAGGGCUCCUUUUUGAUAACGCUGUUCAAAAUUCCGCGCCUUAUUCUCACAUAUUUACAUGCAAAGUUAUCUGCUAGUGCUGAUAAAGGAUCAAACUGCGCAAAGUGCGGCCUCAAAUGCGGUAUUUGCUGCUUCUACUGCCUUGAGAAGUUCAUCCGUUACUUGAACCAUAACGCUUACACUAUCAUUACUAUUGAGAGGGUUCACUUCUGUAAGGCUGCAGCCAGGGCGUUCAGCACGAUAGUGAACAACGCUCUCCAAGUGGCCACCAUCAACAGCGUGGGCGACUUCAUCCUGUUCCUGGGCAAGUGCAUCGUGACGGCCGUGACCGGGAUCGUCGGCCUGCUGCUGCUCAAGCGUAACACCGAUCUGCAGUUCUACGCCGUGCCUACACUGGUUAUUUGCAUCUACUCGUUCUUCAUCGCGCACUGUAUACUGUCUUUGUAUGAGAUGGUGGUAGACUCGCUCUUCCUCUGCGUAUGUGAAGACCGCAACAUGAACGGUUCAGACGGGCGCUGGAAGAGCUCCCGCCUGGCCGAGCUGGGCGGCCACCCGCGCCAGGACCCGCCCCCCGGGCCCGAGCACCAGGAGCUGCAGGCCAAAUAAUCUCACAGUGCAUCUUGGUACAACAACAUCUGAAGAAUAUUUUAAUAUUAUUUAAGUGAUUAUUGAAAAAUAAUUUUAGUGUCCUAAUUAAAUAAUUUAUUUUUAUAAAACUCAUAAUUUUAUCUCAUAGUGCUUCUUGGUACAACGUCUGAAGAAUAUUUUUAUAGAUAGAUUUUAUUUAAGACAUCAUUGCAUAAUAAUUUUAAGUCAUUUAUUUUUACUUUCUAUAUUUAAAUCAUUUAUUUUUAUACAAGUAAAUAGGUAAGAUUAGUAUUAUUGGUCUUUUGAUAUUGUUUUUAUUUAUACACAUUGUUUAUACACUUUAUACAAGACUUGAUUGUUAUUACGUAGUUUCUUAAUGAAGACACAACAUUAAAAAUUAAACAUUGUCGCACAAACUUUGCACUCAUAGUUUAAAAAUAAAUUAAUUAAUCAUAGUAAUUUGUCGCCUGCUACAACGUUUAUAUUAUGAUAUCAUCAAGAAUUUAUUUAUAAUCAAGCAAGACGUGCGAAUUAAUUGAGUUUAACAAAAUGACGUGAUUAUAAAAUAAUUCUAGAUCUGCAGCUUUUUUGGAUCUAUGUAUUUUUAAGAAACUUUAAGAUCUGCAGCUUUUUACAAAAUGAGACUAUGUAUUAAAAAAAUCAGAUAGCAUUUGAAAUAUCUUUAAGUUUAUUUAUCUUAAUUUUAAAUUUGACUACCCUGUGAAACAUAGUACAAAUUUUUUUAAAUUUUCUUUACAAAAUGUGCAAGUACUGUUAAGUGUUAUUUUUGUGAACCGUCCAUUUUAUUUAAAAUCUCUAGUAAAUUAAAAUAAAAACUAUAUAAAUCUCAAUUUUGUUAAAGUUGGAUGUAUUUUAAUUAGGUAGCACAUUUUUAAUUCAAUCACUUGGUUAGUAUAAUCAAAAUAAUAUGAUAGUAGUUCCUCAAAAUCUUUUUAAUUUAUUGAAUUUUUCUUAUACAGUAUGAGUACAUACUCUGAUGAAAUGUGAUGCUGCGAUUGUAUUUUGCAUGCUUUAAAAUUAUGCAGAAUUUUAGAUAUCUUCCUCUACCUUAUGUCUUACUUCCUUGAAUGUUAUUGCAAUUCUGAAUGUAUUAAGGACUUACUUACAUGCUUUAAUCCAAUAUAAGUCAAGUGAUGCAUAAUAAGCUCAAUUUAGUUCAUGCAAAAAAAAAAACAAUCAAUUAUUAUUUAACUUUACAUCCAUUGAUAUUAGUUUUAAAUUAUUAUAUCAUUCCUUUAUUCUACAUACUUUUUUUGUCAGUUCUCUAUGACGUGUUUUCA